AUGUAUUCUGCGAAUACUGCUGCGGCCCUGGUGGCCCUUUUUGCCUUCCAAGGCGUUCAUGCUGCACUCGACGUGACAAGCUCUUCCAACGUUGCUGUUUAUUGGGGUCAAAACUCUUAUGGUCAAGCAUCUGGAGACCUUGCUCAACAAGAUCUUGCUUAUUACUAUGUUAUUAACGGUGAGGGCGAUGCCCCCGAAAUCAACUUCGCUAACUCAGGUGAUUCCUGUACUACUUUUGACGGUACCUCUCUUCUUAAUUGCCCUGCAAUCGCGGAAGAUAUAGUCACUUGCCAGGGCCUUGGAAAGACUAUUCUCCUUUCAAUUGGUGGCGCUACUUAUAGCGAGGGAGGAUUUACUAGCGAGGCAGCCGCUAUCGCUGGCGCUAAGAUGAUCUGGGAAACCUUUGGACCAGUUUCCACCAACACCUCGAUCAAUCGUCCCUUCGGCGACUCAGUGGUCGAUGGAUUCGAUUUCGACUUUGAGUCUACUGUUGAAAACAUGCCUGCUUUCGCCAACGAGCUGCGUAACUUGUUCGCUGAAGACACCUCUAAGACAUACUACCUGACCGCCGCACCUCAAUGUCCCUACCCAGAUGCCGCCGACAACCCAAUGCUUGACGGCGCUGUCUACUUCGAUGCCAUUUGGGUUCAGUUCUACAACAACUACUGUGGCGUCAACUACUUCACCGCCGGCUCCACCACGCAGGCCGAUUUCAACUUCGACAGUUGGAAUACCUGGGCCACUACUAUCUCUCUCAACCCCGAUGUAAAGGUCUUCCUCGGUAUCCCCGGUGGCAGCACUGCGGCUGGAACUGGAUAUGAGUCGGCAUCAACCAUCGCUUCAAUCGUUGAUUUCAUUGUUGAGGAAGGAUACACAAGCUUUGGUGGUAUUAUGAUGUGGGACGCUAGUCAGAUUUAUGCCAAUGACGAUUUCCUCUCUAGCAUUGCAUCUAGCUUGGGAACCUCGUCUGCUGGCACCACUUCCAACAGCAAGAUCACUGCUACUACCAGCACCGCUGUUGAGGCUACCACCCUUUCCCCAGCGACGAUGACUACUUCUUCCACCGCCUCAAGCUCCAUCAGCACUACUGAUAUUGUCAAGGUGACCACUACCGCCGUCCCCACUACGUUAUCAACCUUACGGAAGACUGGUACUACCGUCACUAUUAAAACCACAAAAACGUGGAUGAAAGUUCCGAAGUCUGCCCCGUCUCUGGAGGAACUUGCGUAA